UUGUUGACCGCCUUCGAGUCAUACACCAACAUGGGAGGGGCCGGGAGCCAAAAAGCGAUAAGAAGACGGUGAAGCUAAGACCACCUUCUUUCCCUCCACUUCUGCUGCUCGUUCCCUACGUCCUCGGAAUACUCCUGCUACACUGGCUGCCUGUUCCCAGUCUUGCACAAGUCUAGCCGUGAAACCUUAACACUAGCACCAUGUCCAAGGGUCGCGUUUGUCUCGCCUAUUCUGGAGGCCUCGACACCUCCACCAUUCUGAAGUGGCUGAUUCUCGAGGGCUACACCGUGGUGUGCUUCCUCGCCAAUGUCGGCCAGGAGGAGGACUGGGCUGCCGUCGAGAAGAAGGCCCUCGCGCUCGGUGCCGAGCGCAUGGUCAUUGAGGACCUGCAGCGCGAGUUCGUCGAAGAGAUCGUGUUCCGCGCCAUCCAGUGCAAUGCCAUUUACGAGGACCGCUAUCUUCUCGGCACCUCGCUGGCCCGCCCGGUGAUCGCUCGCGCCCAGGUUCGCGUUGCGCAGCAGUACAACUGCGACUACCUCAGCCACGGCUGCACUGGCAAGGGUGAUGACCAAGUCCGCUUCGAGCUGGCUUUCAAGGCCUGCAACCCCUCCAUGAAGGUUAUUGCGCCGUGGAGGAUGCCUGAGUUCAUUCAGAAGUUCCAGGGCCGUGCCGACCUUCUCAAGUUCGCCGCCGAGAACAACAUCCCCGUCUCCUCUACCCCCAAAGCCCCCUGGAGCAUGGACGACAACCUGGUCCACUGCUCGUACGAGGCCGGCGUGCUCGAGGACCCCGACCACACCCCUCCCAAGGAGCUGUGGACCCGCACCAUCGACCCCACCGAUGCGCCAGAUAAGCCGUACAACUUCACCUUGCACUUCGAGAAGGGUAUCCCCGUCAAGUUGGUGACGCCCGACGGCGAGUUCACCGACUCAGUCGAGCUGUUCAAGCGCCUCAACAAGAUCGGCCACGACAACGGCGUCGGCAGAAUCGAUAUCGUUGAGAACCGUUUCAUCGGUCUCAAGAGCAGAGGCUGCUACGACACUCCGGGCCUGACAAUCGCCCGUCUCGCCCACCUGGACCUCGAGGGCCUGGUCUUGGACUCCAAGGUCCGCAAGCUGCGUGACCAGUUCAUCACGAUCGAGUGGUCCCACUGUCUCUACAACGGCAUGUACUUCUCGCCGGAGCGCGAGUUCCUGGAGAACUCGAUCAUCUUCUCGCAGAAGCACGUCACGGGCGAGGUGCGCAUGUCGGUCUACAAGGGCGCGGCGUACGUGCUGGGCCGCAAGAGCGAUGCAAGCAACCUCUACUCGCAGGAGGAUGCGUCGAUGGACUCGCUCGAGACCUUCCAGCCCAUGGACACCACUGGCUUCAUCGCCAUCCAGGCUAUCCGCCUGGAGAAGUUUGGCCUCCAAAAGAUCAAGGAUGGCGAGCCGCUGUGCAAAUGAGCGCUUGUUGAUGUAAGAUAGGAAGGAAUAAGGGUGAUUAAAAGGGACUGACAUGACCUACAUCUUUGAACCCUGUGAAAUACGCAUCUGGGGGCCCGCAUCGUCCUCUUG